AUGGAUAUUUGGCUGAAAUUACAAUUCAAAGUGAUCAAUUUGAUAUUCUUCGAUGGUGGAGACACUCAAAAGACUUAUCCUGUACUUUCCGCCAUUGCACGUGAUUUACUAAUGCCUCCAGUUUCUACUGUGCAUCAGAAUCAGCUUUUAGUACAGAUGGACGUGUAUUGGACAGAGAAAUUAAGUUUACAUUCAAGUGCUAUUGAAGCCUUUGUGUAUGAAAGAUUAGGUAACAAUGGUUUAUGUGGAAAGCCUUUGAAAGCAUGCAGUUCAUCAAAGAAGAAAACCAUCCUCAUAAUUGUGGUGAUAGUUGCAGUUGUAGUUGCAUUAGCCGCCAUUGUUGGAAUUUCUUACAGACGUAGCAAAAGAUCCAAAACACCGAAUGAGUUGAAGAAAAACCAAGAGACCAGAGCCCUUCAGAAAUACGGGGCUUAUGAUAUGGGGCAAAAGGAAAAGGAGGUCCCCUAUUCGGCGGAUCAAUUGGGUGGUGAAAAUGGGAAGUUAUUUUUCGUUAGAAAUGAUAGGGAGAGGUUUGAGUUGCAAGACUUACUCAGGGCUUCUGCCGAGGUGUUGGGCAGUGGCAGCUUUGGUUCUUCAUAUAAGGCUGUUCUUUUGAGUGGACCUGCCAUGGUUGUUAAGAGGUUUAGACAGAUGAGCAGUGUUGGGAAGGAAGACUUUCAUAACCACAUGAGAAGGCUUGGAAGUUUGUCACAUCCUAAUUUGCUUCCUCUCGUCGCGUUCUACUACAGAAAAGAAGAAAAGCUUCUUGUUUCUGAUUUUGUUUCUAAUGGCAGCUUGGCUAGCCAUCUCCAUGGGAAACGAUCACCUGGUCAGCCUGGACUUGACUGGCCAACGCGGUUGAAGAUCAUCAAAGGAGUGGCAAAGGGAUUGGCAUAUCUUUACAGAGAAUUCCCCAGUGUUCCUCUACCUCAUGGUCAUCUAAAAUCUUCCAAUGUGCUUCUGGAUCAUACGUUUGAACCUAUCUUGACGGAUUAUGCACUAGUGCCUGUGAUGAACAAAGAGCAUGCUCAACUAUACAUGGUGGCAUACAAGUCCCCAGAGUUCAACCAAAGUGAUCGCAUUACAAGGAAGACGGAUGUGUGGAGUCUUGGAAUACUAAUACUUGAGUUGCUAACGGGGAAGUUCCCUGCUAAUUAUCUAAAACAAGGAAAGGGAGGGAAUGCAGAUUUGGCAACUUGGGUGAACUCAGUUGUGAGAGAAGAGUGGACUGGGGAGGUGUUUGAUAAAGAUAUGAAAGGAACAAGGAAUGGUGAGGGUGAGAUGUUGAAGCUGUUGAAGAUUGGGAUGUGUUGUUGUGAAUGGAAUGCUGAGAGAAGGUGGGAUUUUAGAGAGGCUAUGGAAAAGAUUCAGGAGUUGAAGGAGAGAGAUAGUAAUACUGAUAUUGAGGAUUCCUCUUCCUACAAUAGUGAAGAUUAUGGCUACUCUUCAAGGCCAUUGACUGAUGAUGAUUUCUCUUUUUCAGUAAAUGGUUGA